AUGUCACCGAAGAAUUUUUUCCGGCCACUGUCCGGUAGCCGGAAAGAUGGCCGCUCCCACGGCAAAGACGGUAAACAAAAGGCGGCCGGGGAGGAGGAGGAGGAUCCGUUGCGUCUACCCACAGUGAUCCUGAACGCAGAUCCCAGAUACCGCAUCAAGCCCAUGCAACAGGUCAUGUCUGCCCUAAUAGGUGGACUAAUCACAACAUUCGUGGUGACUCCUCUGGAGGUGGUCAAGACACGGGUUCAGACCCAGCACACCGUCCGUCAGCGUCCAACCGUUUCCAAGCUGUGCUACGUCUUUCACAACGGCCUGAUGACCCACGUGUGCCGUUCCUGUGACACUUGUGUUCCCAAGAAAGGUCGUGAUCUCCGCAACCUGCGACCCCAUCGCGGUUCGAUGGAUGCAUUUUUUAAGAUUAUUUGUGGCAAUGGCUUUAGCGGUCUGUGGGCAGGUCUCAGUCCCACAUUGGUGUCGGCCCUGCCCUCGACGAUUAUCUAUUUCGUGACCUACGAGUACCUGAAGAACUCCCUUUCGUCCCUAUACCUGAUGUCUUCGGAGAAAGAUGCAGAUCGGGCGGACAAGCCGCGUGAGAUCCACACUGGCUCCAGGAGGGAUCCGAACGCUGCCAGGGGGAAUACCAUGGAAACGAUGGCGCCCUCGGGCCUGGCGCUGCCCUACUUUGUGCCCAUGGCUUCGGGAAUCUUCUCGCGAACGAUCGUGGUGACGGCCAUCACACCCAUCGAAAUGGUCCGCAUUAAGAUGCAAUCCCAGGUCAUGACAUACGCGGAGCUGUGGCGAGUGGUGCGCUCCCUCAUCCGGCAACACGGCGUGCUGGGACUGUGGCGCGGCUGGCCGCCCACCAUCAUGCGAGAUGCCCCCUUCUCCGGUACAUACUGGGCGGCGUACGAGUCUAUAAAACGAACCUUUAAUGUCACGGAACCUUCGUUUUUGUUCAGUUUCUUUGCGGGCGCCAUAUCCGGAACGAUGGCUACUAUGGUGACGAUGCCCUUCGAUCUGAUCACCACGCACACGCAGAUAGAGCUUGGCCAGGAUGUUCUUUACGAGGGUGGAGAUGGCAUUUCCGGCGGAAAAAAUGCACCACGGUCGUCCUCAAAAAUCACCGCCAAGCCGUCGGUGUUCUCCCGCCUGAAACACAUCUACAGGAAGCAGGGCGUUGGAGGAUUAUAUGUGGGAGUCAUGCCGAGGAUGUUGCGCGUUGUUCCCGCCUGUGCCAUUAUGAUUUCCACGUUUGAGUAUAGUAAAUCAUUCUUCUUUCACCACAAUCUGGAUCUCAAGGAAGCAGGUAAGGUCUACACAGUAUACUAAAGAAAUUUAGGUAAG